AUGGCGCAAUUUUACAGCUCAGAUGACUGCGCCCCAGGAACGGAGAUCAGUCGGGCUAAUGCUGGAUGUAUCACGGUGGACCAAAGCGUCGUCGGGUCAUACAAGUCAUUCCAGGUCGUACCCAUCACUGCACCGGCAUCAUCUUCUUCUUUAUCUGCACGCCGCUCCCCUAACCAGCGACGUUGUCCUUUCCCACUUUCGCCUGAGCCCAGAGCAACUCUACCAACCUCAAAAAUAUAUCACGGAAUGCAGGUAUCAUUCGACAAUGCAGAAUAUAAACUGUAUCAGAUCUAUGCCAACACGUACGUUGGCAUUCUACCUGAUGAGUGGGAUGACUCCAUCCAUAUUAGGAACGAUACCAACUUGGCCCGUUACGAGCUUGUUGCAGACCUUAUGAGCAAGAGAGUCGACGAACGUGAUUUGGCCGACGCUCUUUGCAACACAUUCGCCUCAUGUGUCUCUACAGCAGCAGACGUAGGCGUUCAGAUCAAAGAUGCCCUCCCUCCGUUGAUCGCUUCGCUGAAAACAGCAGCACAAGCACGUGGACAAAAGGUGUUUGAUUUCUUGCAACAACCUUUCUUCACCCAAGUCGCAAUCGAUACCGUUGCCGGGCUGAUUCCUGGGGCCGUCGGAGGUGUCGUUCAAGCUGUCGUAGGAGCGCAGGUGGCAGGUAACACGAACAAUGCCGCAGCUUGCUCUCAACAGAAUGACCAAAUCGACGCCCUUAUAUCGAUCGUCAGUUCUCAGAUAUCUGCCCUGUCGGCGGCAUCGGCGAAGAUCACUGCUCAAGAGAACGACGCCGGAGACGAGGUCUUCACUGUCACAGUGACCGUUACGGCGUGCGGCACGACUCUUGGAUCGGCAGCCUGCGGCGCCACUGGCGGGUUCUGUCCUUCAUAG